AAGAAAACAAGACAUGAAACAAGACCAACGUAAACACAUUUUCUAGUGCAGUGGCAUAAUUUCAACACAUGAGAGCUAUUUUAUUCAACUGGUGUUCCUAAGAAGGUAUGCGGCGAGUGAUGGAAUAUCCCAGAGAUCUCUUAUAAGAUAGUGUCAAUAAUGAUAUCAACACACAUUUUGUGGCCAGGAUAAGGAUGUUUUCCUUGCGUAUAGUAACAGUGGACCACUAUCAGGGGACUCCUGUCAAUGGUCUUGAUCCACAGUAUUCUACCUUCCGCGGGGCACCAGUAAAGCGUGUUCCUGUCUUGCGCAUCUUUGGUGCUACGCCAGCAGGCCAGAAGGCAUGCUUACACGUACAUGGAGUUUUUCCAUAUAUUCUUAUUCCGUACGAUGGUGCAGAAUCUCUUUCUCGACUGCCAUACAUUCUGGCAGCAGCUUUGGAUAAGGCACUUAACAUUGCUUUGGGAAAUGCAAAUUCAAAUGCUCAACAUGUCUAUAAAGUGCAGCCUGUGUCAGGAAUACCGUUCUAUGGAUAUCAUGCAAAGGAGCACCAAUUUCUCAAAAUUUUCUUCUAUAGCCCUGUCAUUGUGAAAAAAGCGGCAGAACUAUUACAGAAUGGGGUGAUUAAUAACAAGAUCUACCAACCACAUGAAGCCCAUGUGCCAUAUGUGCUUCAGUUCCUGAUGGAUCAUAAUUUACAUGGGAUGAACAUGGUCCAUUUGGGUACCUGUAAAUUUAGGAGGAAAAAAGAAAUGGGAGAUAUCAAGGAAUCUGCAAAACAGCACCCUGAAGUAGUAUUCCUGGGCCAUCUUCUGCCGACACUGUUUCUCAUGAGUCUUUUAGUAGUAACAGCAGCCAGAUAAAACCAAGUACUAAAGUAUGGACAGAAGAGAGCAUACCACAGCACCUUUGGCUAACAGAAACUGUGUCCCGGUCGACUACUUGUGAAGUUGAGGUGGACGCUCUGUUCUCUGAUAUCAUUAACAAAAUACAGC